GGCGGAGCGCCCCUUGCGUUCGGUGCCUCGGCCACAAGGGCUCGACUAGAAACGUGGUCACGUCCGGGCAAUGACUUCCGGCGGAAGGAGAAGCCGGUUCCGGGUUUUGGCCGACUUCAGGCGAGGAGUGGGUGAUGAGGACUCUAGGAGUUUGCUGAUCUGAGAAGGCCCACUUCUUGUUCAAUGGAUGAUGGCAGUUGAGCAGAUACCAAAGAAGGAUUGGUACAGCAUUCUGGGGGCAGACCCAUCUGCAAGUGUGUCAGACCUAAAACAAAAGUAUCAAAAACUCGUAUUAAUGUAUCAUCCAGAUAAACAAAGUGCAGAUGUGCCAGCAGGAACAGUGGAGGAAUGUAUACAGAAGUUCAUCGAAAUUGAUCAGGCAUGGAAAAUUCUAGGGAAUGAAGAGACAAAAAAAGAGUAUGACCUGCAGCGGCAUGAAGAGGAUCUAAGAAAUAUGGGACCAGUAGAUGCUCAAGUAUAUCUUGAAGAAAUGUAUUGGAAUGAAGGAGGAGCCAGUGAAAAUAAUCAUCUUUCCUACGAGUCCUACAUUUACUGUAACCAUGCAGAAGCAGGGCAGCCACUCAACUCAGCAACAUCCUGGGGCCAGUACCACCGCCAGACCUAUUAGAGUGCUCAUGAUGAACUAAAUGGUAAUUGAUUGUGACAUCAAUUACAAAUAAUCUCAUCAUUUUAUUGGAGUGGGCUUGUCAGAAUUCUAAUUAAGAUCCCUGUUCUGCCUUUGUACAGGCCAUAUCUUCAAUGCAUUAUACUUCAGUAAUGACCAUCAGGAACUAGAAGGACCUAUUAUAAAAUCAUCAGUUGUAAAAUUAAUGAUGGUGACCUACUGAAUAAAAGACCCUAUCUCCUAUAUUGUCCUAUGUAUUAACUGGUAAAUAACGUUAAGUUUACAUUUUUACUCAAUGUCAACCAUAAGAAUAUUUAGAACAGAACAUGUUACCUUAAAAAAAAUGCGCUCUGUGAUAUGAAACAUUUGCCCAUUAAUCUAUUCUAUAUAAACUUAAAAAAUUACUCUGCAGCAGUAAUCCUUAAAGUAGCAUUUUACAAGUUAUUUUAUAGUUUUUGUUACCCAAGAAAGUUGAAUUAUUGACCAGACCAAGAUGAUCUACUGGGAAGGAAUUUAUUUUCACUUUUCUUUUGACUUGCUGUUUAUUACUUGGGUACCUUAUGUGAAGAAAAAUACUCCUACUGGGAUAAAUAAGAAAUGACUGCAAUUUUACAAAAUAUUACAAAUUACUGCUUUUUAAAGACUUUUUUAGAGCAGUUUUAGGUUCACAGCAUGAUCAAGAGGAAGGUACAGAGAUUUCUCACCCAUCUCCUGUCUCCACGCAUGCAUAACCUUCCCCACUAUUGACAUCCCCUACCACAGUGGUGUAUAUUUGUUAUACCUGGUGAACCCACAUCAACAUCAUAAUCACCCAAGGUCCAGAGUUAACUUAGGGUUCACUCUUUGUGUCGUACAUUUUAUGGGUUUGGACAAAUGUAUGACAUGUAUCCAUCAUUAUAGUAUCAGAGAGUAUUUCCACCGCCCUAAAAACCCUGUGUGAGCUGCCUAUUAUUCAUGACUCCCCCCCCCUCCAUCCCCCAUAUUACCUUUUGGAAAAAUAAAUGUAUACAAGCAUGUAAAAUCUGAAUUUCACUUUACAUCAGAGCUUAUAUAAUUUUGGAAUGUCUUAUGUAGAAAUAUUUGUCCAAAACAAGUUAUUUUCAUUUACAUACACUUAAAUGUUAAAUCUAUUUGUAGAGAAAGAACUUAAGUUUCCUGAAAGAGUAUCAGAUGCUAUAAGAUCACUUUUUUCCCCCCACUAUUAGUGGAACUAAGUUAUAGGUUCUAGGGCCAAAAGCAAGACUAAUUCCUAUCUGUAUAAGUGGAUUUAUGUACAGUCAACCUUAUUGUUCAGGUAGAAAAAUGAAUCCAUCUCAGGUCACAGAUAAAAAAAAAAAACCAAAAGUGUAUUUGGAAAAGCCAUGUGUCAUUAACAUAGUCUCAAGUGCCACUAUGGGAGAAGCUAUAAUAUGGACAUUUUAUGUUUAAAUUUCCAUAGUUUCUCCUUAAUACGUGUUUGUUUCUGAGUUGUAAAAAAUAUGUAAUAAACCAAGAUCCAAUAUACAUUCCAUUUCUUCAUGAAGCUCUCCCCAAUCUUGCCUGCCCAUACCAAAUACUCUUGAUAGUUUAGAGCACUUACUAUAUAAAGUCUGCCUUGCCUGGGUCCCUGUAUUAUAACAUCUUAUUAACCUGCUUGGCUUUUGUGUAAGUCUAUUAUUUUAUGACCAAAUAAGCCAAUAGACCAUAAUCGUGUCGUGAUCUUAAUUCUUUACAACACCUAAGCCAAAACUGGAAGUCCGAUAUUUGGUGGUAUUUAUUAUUAAUGUAAGUAUAAAUUCUUACAAAGCACAAUCACUUUUGUAUGACUUUUGAAUUCUUCCAAAUUAGUGAAAUAAAGUGAUGAAGUGUUAUCUCUGGUAAUAAAUUCCGUUCUGUACUGGUUAAUUUUAUUAUUAACGGAAUAAAUAAUUAACCAGUACAGAACGGAAUCUGGAACAUAUUACCAGAAGCCUUUGGAAGAGUAUGACUCAGCUAUCUUGACCUAGUCCUUGAUUGCAACAGGUGGAACAUAAAGAAGGAAAUAGUAGUGCAAGCCAGUAUAUAUACAUGGCGUUCUGGUUUCUUUAAAAAAAAAAAAACCAAAACACUCAUUUGAUCCUUAAAACAAUCUGUGAAGUACUAUUAUUGAUAGUUAAUAGAAGUAGGUUCAAAUAUGGGGCAUGCUAAUUCCCAUUUAUCUGAAGCCUAUACAUUCUAAUACCCAUGCAUCCAUUUAUAGUAAAGGAAAUAUCCUCUACCUCUCAGACUUGGUGCUUGAUAGAAAGUACACAAAUCAAGGAAACAGCCUCAUCAUCAAUGGAACCUUUAAUAACAGCUUCUCUAUAAACAGGAAAACCUCUAAGUUGGAUCUUUUAAAUCAAAGCAGUCACUUUUGCUGACCUACCUGCCAACUACUCAGUGUCCAGUAAAAAAUUCAUGAUGUUGAAAUUAUUCCGCUUAUUUUUGGUAUAGAGUAAGAGUGUACACUUUAAAAAUCAAUUUUUUAGAGAUUUACUUUAUAUAGCAUAAAAAGCACUCAUUUCAAGUUUGACACUAGUUUUGGAAAUGUGCACACCUACAUAACUGCUAAUUACAAUCAAGGAUGUAGAACAUUUUCAUCAUGCCGAAAAGUUCCCUCCUAUGCCAGUCAACCUCCCAUCCCUAUACCUGGUACCAGGCACCUAGUGAGAUCUGUUACUAGAAACUAGUUUUACCUACUUCUAAAUUUAAUAUAAAUAAGAUUGUACUACACAUAUUUAUUUUGUGUCUGGCUUUUGUUCAUUUUUUUAUGAUUAAUCCAGUUGUAUAUAUCAAUCAUUCAUCCCUUUUUACUUCUAAGUAGUAUUCUAUUGUAAAUUAACAAUGUUUGCCCAUGAAUCUGUUGAUGGCUAUUUUUCUUUGCAGUUUGGGGCUGUUAAGAAUAAAGCACUCUAAACAUUAAUAUGUAAGUCCAUUUCUUUUCAGUAAAUACCAAGGGGUAAAAUUUCUAGGCCAUAAGUGUAUGCCUACCCUUAAACUUUUCCUAAAUAAUUAAAUCAUUUUACACUUGCAGCAGUAAUGUAUGAGUAUUCCUGUUGCCCCACAACCUUGGUAUUUUCCUUUUUAAAAAUUUCUGCACUUCUAGUAAACUGUUGGUGUCACAUUGUGGUUUUCAUUUGCAGUUCUCUGAUGAACAUUUUUUUCUUGUGCCUAUUAGUGUAUCUUUUGUGAAGUGUCUAUUAAAAUAUUUUUCCUUAUUUUUAAAAUGGGUUGUUUUCUUACUCAUUUUAAGAAUCCUUUAUCUUGAGUAUAAGUCCUGUGACAGGUAUUACAAAUAUUUCCUCCUAGUCUGGGUCUUUUUAAUUUUUUUGCCAUUUCCAAUGUAUUGUAAAGCUAUACAUUCCAAUGUAUUGUAAAGUGUUUUCUAAGUUCUGUAUAUUCACUUGGUUCUUUUGAUAUUUACCAUUUCUUUCCUCAUUAUGUUCAUCCUUGAGAUCCUUGAAAAUAUUUAGAUUUGGUGUUUUAAAGCAUGUGUCUGUUAAUUCCAUUACUUCUGUUAUUUCUGGAUCUAUUUAAUUGAUUUUUCUUCUGGCUAUGGAUUACACUUUCUUAUUUUUUCACAUAUCUUGUAGUUUGUGACUGAGCUGGACAUUGACUUGUUGAGUGGAUUCUGUUUUUUUUACAGCAGGUUGAAUGUUGAAGAGGUCUGCUUGUUUUGGGGGAGGCAGAUAAGUUAGCUGUGGAUCAGCUUAUUCCUUUCAAGCCUUGUUUUUAAAGCUUGUCAGGUUGGGUGUAUCUCACACUGUACUCUUAGGGCUACUUUAGGCGUACUACUAAGUAAGGCAUGAUAUUCAGGGAUCUCUACUGAAUGUGCAGGAUAUUCAGUAAGAUCUGUCCACUCUGGCUGGUCAGAACUCCAGUGGCUCUUAGCCCUGUGUGAGCUCUGGGAAUUGCUCAGCUCCCCACUCAUUCUUUGCUCGGUCUCUACGUUUCAUUGUAAGCAGGCACAAUUUAGUAUUCAGCUCAAAAGCCAAGAGAACACCUAAGGAGAUUUAUGGUGAUCAUUCGGUAGCUCUGUUUUCCCAAGUAGUCUGAUCCAUAAGUUCCAACCACUUAAACUUCCCCCUAUACCAAUCUGUCUCUUCAACUCAGCAAAACCACUAUGCUUUGGCUUGAAUUUUACUUCAGUACCUUGUGAAACACCUGACUCGCAGCAGGAGUCGGGGCAAGUAUAGGGCUUGCCUUGUCUACCCUCUUUUUAGGGAUCUGUCCCAUACUUCCUGCUAUGCAUUCUCUGAGAACAGCUGUUUUACAUUUUUGUCCAAUUUUCUAGUUCUUUAUGGCAGGAUGGCAAGUUCAGCAUCAGUUACAUCAUCAUUACUAGAAACAAAUGUUCAAAUUAUCUAAUUUUUAAAGUCUUUAUUAUUUUUCUUAGCAUACCUCAUAACAAUAUGAAGAGAAUCCUUAUGGUAAAAACUGAAAGUUUUUGAUGUAAGGUAAAGUGUGCCUUUGGCAUCUCUCUUCACCUUGAGUCCCUUUCAGUUGCAUCCCCUGCAUGUUUUUGUUCUACCCUUUAUCAAAAUCUCUAGAAAAGAUCUGCCAAACUCAGCAUGCAAUUAUGUAUAAAUAAGGAAUUUCACUAUGGUAUUGCUUGUAUCUCAAAAUUGGCAAAAGUAUAAAUAUUCCUCAGUAGGUGCAGAUCAAAUAAAAUAUGGUUCAUUUAUAUAAUAGUAGACAGCUGGUUAAAAAAAACUAGUAGAUUUACAUGAAUACCAUCAGUGAAAAAAAUAAGUUACAUGGCAAUAUGUAUAAAUGUUUAAAAGAAAUCCACAAAAACAUAUAUUUCAAAAUUUACAUUUUUAUGAACAGUAUAUACUACUUAGAUAAUUUAAAAAUGGAUAUAAACCUCAACUAACCAUGCAGUUAUGUCCCGAUUAACCCAUCAUAAGUUGAAAAUGCAGUUGACCCUUGAACACAGGGGUUGGGGUGCUGAUCCCCUACCGUCCCACGCCAAGUCGAAAAUUCCCGUAUAACUUCUGCCUCCCCCAAAACUUAACUAUUAAUAAUCUGUUGACAGGAAGCCUUACUGAGGACAUAAACAGUCGAUUAACACGUAUUUUAUAUGUAUUAUAUACAUAUUCUUAAAUAAGUUAGAGAAAAAAUAUUCAGAAAAAUCAUAAUGAUGAGAAAAUACAUUCACAGUACUAUAGUAUAAAAAUUCCACAUGUACAUGGACUCACGCAGUUCAAACCCCUGAUGCUCAUGGGUCGACUGUAUUUUAAGUCAAAAAUGCAUUUGAUAUACCUAACCAACUGGCCAUCAUAGCUUAGCCUAGCCCACAUUAAAUGUGCUUACAACACUCAUAUUAGCCUACACUUGAGCAAAAUCAUCUAACACAAGCCUAUUUUACAAUAAAGUGUAGAAUAUCUCAAGUAAUUUAUUGAAUACUGAAAGAAAGUGAAAAACAGAAUGGCUAUAUGGGUACAGGAUGGUUGGUUGUAAAUGGUCACAUUACCCUCUUGAUGGCAUGGGUGACCGGAAGCUGUAGCUCACUUGCUGCUUCCCAGCAACAUGAGAGUAUCAUACUGCAUAUCAGCCCGGGAAAAGAUCAAAAUUCAAAUUCUGAAGUACAGUUUCUACUGAAUAUGUAUAGCUUUUGUAGCACAAUAAAGUCAAAAAAAUCUUAAGUCAAACCAUAAGUACACACACACACACACGUUAUCUUAAUGUGGCUGUCCUUUUCAAGUGAUACUUGUACUUUUUUUAAAAAAGAACAUGGUCCAUCACAAUACAGGCUAGGAAGAGCUUUGUUGAAUUAAUUUUUUUUUUUUUUAAUCUUUGCUAGUGUGGAAAGAGAAAGAUCUAACUUCCAAUCUAGAUAGAAGGUUUGCUUUUUUGUAUAGUGUAAGUAAAUGACUGCAGUUAGCAGUAUUGUCACCAGAUCUCUGGAUAACUAAAAUAUUUGUCUAGCUAAGAACUCAUUUCUUUAAAUAAACAUAAAGUAAACAUUUUGGGUAUGGGUCUGAAAUUCAAAACCUGACCUUUCUGGUACAGACUGAGGCAAAAAAACAGAACCAAAAUUUCCUUUCUUACUCAAAAUGCAGUUAUUGUCUCUGGGAUUAAACUACUGAUUAUCACUGAAUUGAAAAUUCAAACCAGAGGGAAAAAAUUCUAUAGCAAUAUUAUAGUAUUAAUAGAUUAAAUGGUAGUUUAAAAUGUAGACUCCAAUAAACUGAUUUGUAAUAAAUGUUUGCAAAUUACAAAAAAUGGAAAUCCCUAAUUCUAUGCCUUUGUUCGUUACUUCUCAUAACCGAAACUUUAAAUGGUUAGAUUACUUUUCCUUUUCAUACCUUUGUCAAUCUGUUAUGCCAAACUUGAAUGAAUCUGUGAAACUGAGUAAGAAUAUAUGAAUAUGUUUAUAGUGAAUACCACAUAGGAAUUUUUACUUUGGCUCUAAUGUGAAUUUUCCCAGGGUCUCAGGACUUACUCUAAGGGCUAAAUUUUAAAGCAUUAAAAGAA